AUGUCAAGCAAGCGAAUCCAGUACAAAGUUGAGGGCGAGGUGCAGGGCGUCAACUUCCGAUCCUUCACGCAAAAGCAAGCGAAAAGUCUCGGUGUAACGGGUUUCGUGACCAAUGCAUCCGAUGGGAGUGUCCAGGGCGAGGCUCAGGGCAGCGAGGACAAGAUCAAAGAGUUUGUUCAACACCUGAACAAGGGACCGUCGGCUGCAUCAGUCUCAAAGGUUGACCAUUCGGACAUCUCGACCAAGGACGGUGAAGGCGGUUUCAACGUCAAGUAG